AUGAUCAGAAUCUGGCUAGAGGGCAUUUUGCUUCUACCCUUACUCAUCAUCUUCACCUUAGAAUCUUUUGUGAAGCUUUUUAUACCUAAAAGGAGGAAAUCAGUCGCCGGAGAAAUCGUCCUGAUUACUGGAGCUGGACAUGGAAUUGGAAGACUAACUGCCUAUGAAUUUGCCAAACUUAAAAGCAAACUUGUUCUGUGGGAUAUAAAUAAGCUUGGAGUUGAGGAAACAGCUGCAGAAUGCAAGAGACUGGGUGCUAGAGCACAUGCCUUUGUAGUAGACUGCAGUAACCGAGAAGAUAUUUAUAGUGCUGCUAAAAAGGUGAAGGCAGAAAUUGGAGAUGUGAGUAUUUUAAUAAAUAAUGCUGGUGUAGUGUUCACAUCGGAUUUGAUGGCUACACAAGACCCUCAGAUUGAAAAGACUUUUGAAGUUAAUGUACUUGCCCAUUUCUGGACUACAAAGGCAUUUCUUCCAGCAAUGAUGAGUAAUAAUCAUGGUCAUAUUGUCACCGUGGCUUCAGCAGCUGGGCAUACUGUGGUCCCAUUUUUAAUGGCUUACUGUUCAAGUAAGUUUGCUGCUGUUGGAUUUCAUAGAUCUCUGACUGAAGAACUGGCUGCCUUAAAAAUAACUGGAGUCAAAACAACAUGUCUCUGCCCCAAUUUCAUUAACACUGGCUUCAUCAAAAAUCCACAUACCAGGUUGGGACCUACUCUAGAACCUGAGGAAGUGGUAAACAAGCUGAUGAAUGGUAUCCUGACUGAGCAGAAAAUAAUUUAUGUUCCACUCUCUAUAUGCUUUUUAGUAAUAAUGGAAAGAAUCUUUCCUGAGCGUUUCCUGAACAUUUUAAGACGAAAGCUCGAUAUUAAGUUUGAUGCAGUUAUUGGAUAUAAAGUUAAAGGACAAUAA